AUGGUUCAGUCCGCAGUCUUGGGUUUCCCCCGCAUGGGUGUGAACCGUGACCUGAAGAAGGCAACUGAGGCUUACUGGGCUGGCAACCUCUCGCAGGCUGACCUCCUCGCCGAGGCCAAGCGUCUGCGAUUGGCUCACUGGAAGAUCCAGAAGGAUGCUGGUGUCGACAUCAUCCCCAGCAACGACUUUGCCCUGUACGAUCAGGUUCUCUCUCACAUCCAGGACUUCGGUGCCGUUCCUGAGCGAUACAGCAGCGCCGGUCUCGACCGUGUCGAUGAAUACUUUGCCAUGGGCCGUGGCCACCAGAAGGGUGGUGUUGAUGUUCCUUCCUUGGAGAUGGUCAAGUGGUUUGACUCCAACUACCACUACGUCAAGCCCACUCUCCAGGACAACCAGACCUUCAAGCUCACUGCCACUCCCAAGGCUGUUGCUGAGUUCACAGAGGCCAAGGAGGCCGGUGUCGCCACCAGACCCGUCCUUGUUGGUCCCGUCUCCUUCCUCCACCUGGGUAAGGCAGACCGUGGUCAAAAGGUUGACCCCAUUGACCUGCUCGACAAGCUUGUGCCUGUCUACGAGGAGCUCCUCAGCAAGCUGAAGGAGGCUGGUGCCGAGACUGUCCAGAUUGACGAGCCCGUCCUUGUCCUGGACCUGCCCAGCAAGACCAAGGCUGCUUUCAAGCCUACCUACGAGAAGCUCGCUAGCCUUGGUGACAAGAUCCCCAAGCUGGUCUUCACCACCUACUUUGGUGACAUUGUCCACAACAUCGACCUUGUCCCCAAGGACAUCUACGCUGUCCACGUCGACCUGGUCCGCAACCCUGAGCAGCUCGAGACUGUUGCCAGCAGCCUUGGCUCCAAGACUAUCCUGUCUGCCGGUGUCGUCGACGGACGUAACAUCUGGAAGACCAACCUGAAGCGCGCCAUUGAGACCGUCGAGUCCGCCGUGCAGAAGCUCGGCAAGGACCGCGUCAUUGCCGCUACCUCCAGCUCCCUCCUCCACACUCCUCACACUCUGGCCAGCGAGAAGAAGCUGGACGCUGAGAUCGCUGACUGGUUCGCUUUCGCCUCUGAGAAGGCUGUUGAGAUUGCCAUCAUCGCCAAGGCCGUCACUGAGGGCCCUGCUGCCGUCCGCGAGGCCCUUGAGGCCAACGCCAAGUCUGUCCAGGCUCGCGCCACCUCUGAGCGUACCAACGAUGCCGCCGUCAAGGAGCGUCAGUCCAAGAUUCAAGCCUCGGACUACAACCGCAAGUCUGAGUUCCCCUCCAGAAUUGCCCAGCAGCAGAAGAAGCUGAACCUUCCCCUGUUCCCCACCACCACCAUUGGAUCUUUCCCCCAGACCAAGGAGAUCCGUAUCCAGCGUGCCAAGUUCACCAAGAAGGAGAUAACCGAGGCUCAGUACGACAAGUUCAUUGAGCAGGAGAUUGACAUGAACGUCAAGAUCCAGGAUGAGCUCGACCUGGACGUCUACGUCCACGGUGAGCCCGAGCGUAACGACAUGGUGCAGUACUUCGGUGAGCGCCUCAAGGGUUACGCCUUCACCACCCACGCCUGGGUUCAGAGCUACGGUUCCCGAUGUGUUCGUCCCCCGAUCAUCGUCGGUGACAUCUCUCGCCCUGCCCCCAUGACCGUCAAGGAGUCCAAGUACGCCGCCUCCGUCUCCAAGAAGCCCAUGAAGGGUAUGUUGACUGGCCCCGUCACUUGCUUGAGAUGGUCUUUCCCCCGUGAUGAUGUCCACCAGUCCGUCCAGGCUGAGCAGCUUGCUCUUGCCCUCCGUGACGAGGUCGUUGACCUUGAGAAGGCUGGCAUUGACGUCAUCCAGGUCGACGAGCCUGCCCUGCGUGAGGGUCUUCCCCUCCGCUCUGGCAAGGAGCGUGAGGCCUACCUCGACUGGGCCGUCAAGGCUUUCCGUCUGUCGACCGUUGGCGUUGAGGACUCGACUCAGAUCCACUCUCACUUCUGUUACUCCGAGUUCCAGGACUUCUUCCACGCCAUUGCCGCUCUCGACGCUGAUGUUCUCUCCAUUGAGAACAGCAAGUCGGACGCCAAGCUCCUUGGUGUCUUCGUCGAGGAGGCUUACCCCCGUCACAUUGGCCCUGGUGUCUACGAUAUCCACUCGCCCCGUGUCCCCAGCGAGCAGGAGAUCAAGGACCGUAUUGAGGAGAUGCUUCAGUACCUCAAGCCUGAGCAGCUUUGGAUCGACCCUGACUGUGGUCUCAAGACCCGUCAGUGGAAGGAGACCAAGGAGGCUCUGGUCAACAUGGUCAACGCCGCCAAGUACUUCCGUGCCAAGUACGCCAAAUAA